AUGCCAUCGGCACCCCCAGAGGGGUUCGAAGUGGAAUUCUUGUCGUCGUCUGUCGAGUCUUCGGCGGCACCAUCGCGCUCUACGUCGCGAGGGGCGUCCCCGUCGCCAGAGGCUGCUGCUACCGAGGACAUGGAUGCGGAACACGCGCCAGCAGACGCUUCUGACGCUGGCGACGGCAAGCCCACUGUGUCGAGCGACGCUGCAGGUGAACUUGAAGGGACGAGUCCGGAGGAGAAACUCGUGCCGCUUACGUUUGCUCACGGCACGGAGCUGACGGUGUCCGCGGCGUCGAUGGCAGAGCUUGAUGAUGAGCUGACCAACUGCGCUUUGGUUCUAUUCGGCGGCAGGCUCCGUCAGCAGCCCCCGCCGCCGGGGCAGGGGGAGGCGCCUCAGCAGUGGUCGGAAGCGGUCAACUACCACCGUGCAGUCUUGCUGGGCUACGACGACGCCGGAUUUGCGUACAUGCACGCGCAGGCGUUUGCGCAGCGGGUGCCGCCGCCGCAGGGAUGGCGACUAUGCCCCCUUCCGCUACUGGUGUGUGCGGUGGCAAAGUUGGUUCACUUUUAUCGGGAUGCGGAGCCGGACGACACAACGAGCGAACAUAGCACCGCUGCCAGCGCCUCUGGCGCUGCACUGCGCUACCCGGUGCUGCCGAGUCCCGCAGGGACUGGUGCUGCUGGAGGCAGCAGUGGACUUGGGGGCGCCCAGUCGAGCCGCGAUGGCCGUACUGACGCAAUCUUAAGCUCACCUUCUUACCCGGCCUCCACGUCUGGCGAGCUGUCGCCGUCCGCGUCAUCACUCGCCUACCUGAGCCCGCCCCUGCGCUGGCGUCUGCCGAUGUGCGGCCACGCACCCUCGCUGAACUUGCAACAAGUAUUCCAAGUGCAGCCGAACCGCGUGUAUCAGCUGGCACGGCCGCCCGAGGAGGUGGUGUUUCUCGGCUUCGCAUUUGGAAUUCCGUGGAUUCGGCCGGUUGUGGUGGCUACCGCAACGACCCCUGAUGCAGCGUCGUUGCAGGUGGGGACGCGUCGCGGUGUCGUACUUCACGCAACGGACCCCUCAACUUCAUCGCCGGCAUCGCAACCGCCGGUCGGGUAUCGCUGGAAGGACACGCAUACGUGGGCGGUACCGCUCAUUGGGUGCCACGACGCAUGCGACAUACGAGGUCGUCACGGUCUGAUAGACCCGACGCCAGGUGCGACGGGGGUGCCUCCUGCUCCUUCCGUCGCCGAUGCCGAAGGAUCUGCACCUCCCUCAGCGCUGUCAUCAGUAGUUGGUGGAGCGCCGCCCGAGGAGUCGGGGCAGGAAAUGUCGCUGCGGCCCAGUGAGGCCGACGAGAAGAACAGCGGCACGUCCGCUGCUCUCUCACUGCCACCUCCGUCGCCCUCGCCGAAACCGCUCACCGCCGCUGCGCCGCUGUUUGUAAAAGAAGGCGCCCGUGUCUUCGUACCUGGCCGCUUCGGUGUAAUGCUAGAGUGCAACACCAACUCGGCGCUGAUGGAGGCGAAUUUCGGUGUCUUGCACGGCGAUCAGCUUGUACCACGCGCCCUGUCGGCUCACGCUGCCGCUGCGCAGCUCUCCGGUACACCAAAGCCAGGCAAGGCGACGACUCCUCCACUGCCGCCUGGGCCCUUCAUUGUCAUGGGGCUGUACGGCCGCAACGUGCUCGUGCUAAUAGCCGAUGGCGAGAGCCAGACUGCAGUGCAGAUUCACGUCACGCGCGGCGUCGAAGAGGUCGCGGAGGCGUUUCGAAAAGUUGCAGGGACGACACUGCCGCCGCCUGCGCUGCCGCUGGAACCACUCAGCGUGCCUGCAUCACCACCGGAGUCGACAAUGGUCGCCGAGGCUGCUGCUGCUGCUGCUGCUGCUUCUCGCUUGGUGGCCAAAGACGAAGUCUCGCAGGAGCGGCCGCAGGCACCGGAGACAGCGCGACGGGAGGACCAGGCAGGACCCGCGCCCAGUGCAGUGACUUGCAUUGCGGCCGAGGAGACUGACGCCGUCGUCGUCUCUGCAGCAGAUACUGCUGCUGCUGCUGCCGAAGCGCAGCUAGGCAAGGAUGAGGCCGUGGGCAUGCUGGGUGUGGAGGGGAUGCGUGAAGAAGUUGGCAGCGCUACACCGGUGGCCGAUGGGGAUCGCAGUGGAGGGCCGCCACCGGUCAACGAAGUGAUUCUAACGGACCUUCGCAAAGCGGAUGAGAACGCUGCACAAGCCUCCUCGAGUGUCGUCGUGGAAAUAUCGGAAGGGGCCUCGAUAUCGGCCGCUUCUGCACCGCGCGCAGGGCGAUGGUCGGAAACGGCAGCGUCCUCGGCGUCUUCGAGUUCUUUCGACUCCCAGGCUUCGCAGCAACUCCGGCAGCAGCGGCAGAGUCAGUGUGAGCAGAUCGGAGAGGGACCGGAACACCAUUCAGGUCCUUCCACAGCGAGAGCCGGCACACCAAGCACUCCCACCGAUAAAGUUGUGGUGGAGGCGGCUGAGGCGUGGCCAGCUUCUGCGGCACAGCUGCUUGAGUCUGCGGAGGAGGUGCUGGCUGUGCCCACCGUGACACUGGUCACAGACGAUGCGCCGCCGCUGAUGACCAUAUCGGCGGCCGAACAUGUCAUGACCUCCCAGAGCGGAGAGGGAGUCUUUCAGGCGGAGGCUACUGGCGUUGUCGUCGAAGCCGCAAACACCAAGACACCUGGAGAGAAAGGCGCGCCCUAUCACGACGGAGUGGUCUCUGCUGAUGCUUCGCCACACAGGCGCUCCCUGCUGCAGCUGCCUGAGAAGGACCUCAGCGCGCCAGAAGGUGGAAUGGACAAGCACCCGCAGCCGGGCAGCAGCUUUGCGGCUCAGUUUUUCUCCGAUCACACACCUAACUUGCUCCCGACCUCGUCAUCGAUGCCGCAACCAUCGCAACGGCAGCACACAGACGAGGCGCAGGAGGCGUCGCUAGGCACGGAGGUGAGCUUCAAUGAAGGUGGGGCCGACGUGCACCGUCUUCAUGCAACACAGGGGAGCGAUUGCGCAGAGCGAGUGCAGCACGUGAGAGGCGCAGACACCGACGAUAUUGCCGGGUCAGUUAUUGCGGUCCGCGCAUCAUCCCUGUUGGGGUCGAUGGAACAGCAGGGAUGGGUCAACGAGGCACCUCCCUUUCUCCACAUUGCCGUUCCAGUCAGUGAGGAGGUGGCGGUGACGACAGCGACGGCACGCUCAGCAACGGUCUUCACACCCUCCUACUCGCCGCCACCAGCGAGCCCUGCAGAGCUCCGCGCAGCACCUCGAGUUGAGGACGCACAGGCGACGUCUUACUCCACUUCAGGCCCCUCAUCAUGCGCGGCGGCUGCCGGGCUGCAGCACUACUCCACGGCGACGCCGUUUACCAACUUCCUGAAGGCGUACGCAAUCUACGUGCUCGGCACACAUGGAGUAGCAAGCGGAGGCGAGAGCAAGCAGCUGCGCAAUGACACAGCGCCGCACAUGAACGAGUGUGGGGCGAGGGCAGGGGGAGCUUCGCGGGGCGUAGUGGAGCUCGCUCCGAUACUUGACUUCUACCGUGAGCAACCGCUGGCGCGCAUCAUGGAGGCCACAGCUAUUCAGCGGCGCUGUCGUGCGGCGUGGAAUGCGAUCAUCGCAUCGACACCCGCCUCUGCUGCAGCGCAAACUGUGAGCGACGUGCAGGUGUGCAAGCUGAGGGCAUCUGCAUCGACGACUGUUUUUAAAGAACUCUGCGUUGAUGAGCUCGUGUCGCUGCUGGCUAUCGUGCAUCAUCCGUCACCGAGACAGGAUGGAUGA